AUGUCAAGAACUCUGCCGGUUGGAGUUCAAAGGCGACUCUUGUGCACGCCCCAGAGCCUACUUCGCCUGUCUUCAACAUCGCGGCCAGCUCACAAUUGGUCCCUUCACAGGUCCGGCUCGGAUGCCGCCAGAGACGAGGUUGCUCAGCUAGCCUCAAGCCCUCGUCGACGCUUGACACUGGCAGAUUUACUGAGGCAAGGACGUCCACCACUGUCCAAAGAAGCACUGCUAGCUUCGGCGAAUUUCACCCUCUCCCUCCUCCCCGCGCGGUUAGCCUCGCGGAUCCAAGCCCUGCGUAACCUCCCAUUUAUCGUCGUCUCCAACCCCCAUGUGUCGAAAAUAUACAACAAUUACCAACACUCACUGUCUGCCCUACUGCCCUACCAACAACGGGAGAUAACAACUCUCGAGGAAGAGAAUCGCUUCGGUGACGCGCUCGCCGACCUUGUCCAAACACAUACCAACACCAUCCCCGUCCUCGCGCGAGGAUUCCUCGAAUGUCAAAAGUACGUGAGUCCAGAGGACGUGACACGCUUCUUGGACACCCAUUUAAGAGCACGUAUCGGCACUCGGUUGAUCGCCGAGCAGCACCUAGCUCUGCACUAUGCCUCACAGCCAGUAACCGACGAUCCAGCUAGUCGAGCACAGGCCGAGCCAGCCUCGCCUAAUAGCUCCAUUCCACCCAACUACAUCGGGGUCAUAGACACGGCUCUACAGCCUUCCCGAAUCAUCAGGCUCUGCGAGGAUUUCGUCGGGGAAAUCUGCGAGCUCAAGUAUGGAGUCCGCCCACGUCUCGAAAUUGGAGGAGAGCCAGAGGCUACAUUCGCGCAUAUUCCCGUGCAUGUGGAAUACAUAAUUACGGAGUUGCUGAAAAAUGCGUUCCGCGCGACUAUCGAGUCAGGCAAUGAACGCGAGCCCAUUGAGAUUACAAUCGCCGCUGCGCCUGAUGUCCCCGGGAAAGAGCACCCGUAUCAGGAAGAGGCCGAUGCUGGGGUCGAUCUGGCCGAGGAUACGUCUUCUACGAAUGAAGCGAUCGGUUUCACCACAUUCUCUGAUAUGGAUUUUUCCAAUUCGGCGAAUGGCAAUCUUGACGCUUUGAAUACACUAUCUGGCAGUGGUGGCCAUUUGAGUAGUAUUGCUGGUCUUGGGUAUGGAUUACCUCUGAGUCGUGCCUAUGCAGAAUACUUUGGUGGUAGCAUCGCUGUGCAAAGUCUUUGGGGAUGGGGUACGGAUGUUUACUUGACUCUGCAGGGAGUAGGCAAGGUUGAUUGA